AGAUCAUCUUUUCUCUUCCUCUUCCUCUAAGUUUGCUUUCAGUUCGUAAUCAAACAGAUAAGAGAUUAACAAUCAUGGCCGGUAAUUACUUUGGUGUUUUGGUAUCAGAUCCAUGGCUACAGAAUCAGUUUACACAAGUCGAGCUUCGGAGCUUGAAAUCUCAUUUUAUGACGAUGAGGAGGGAAAGUCGAAGUCUCACGCUUGGUGAUUUGCCAUCGAAAAUGUCAAAACUGAAAAACGUUGGCGAGAAUCUUACGGAGGAAGAACGAGCUGCGUUUCUUCACGAUUCUUAUCAGAAUUUGGGCGAUGAAGUUGAUUUCGAACUCUUUCUUCGGGUUUACUUGAAUCUUCAAGCCCAUGCAACCUCAAGGAUGGGAAAGGGGGCUAAAAACUCAUCAGCAUUCCUCAAAUCUCCCACAUCUACACUGCUUCACACAAUUAGUGAAUCUGAGAAAGCUUCCUAUGUUGGACACAUUAAUAAUUACCUUGGAGAAGAUCAUUUUCUGAAGAAGUUCCUUCCUAUUGAUCCUUCAACGAAUGAUCUGUUUGAGAUUGCAAAAGAUGGAGUUCUUAUCUGUAAGCUUAUUAAUGUGGCAGUCCCAGGGACAAUUGAUGAAAGAGCCAUUAAUACUAAGACAGUUCUUAAUCCAUGGGAGAGAAAUGAGAAUCACACCCUAGGCCUUAAUUCUGCCAAGGCAAUAGGAUGCACUGUGGUCAACAUAGGAACGCAGGACUUCAUUGAAGGAAGGAGGCAUCUUGUGCUUGGAGUGAUAUCUCAAAUAAUAAAGAUACAAUUACUGGCAGACCUCGAUUUGAAGAAAACACCUCAGUUGGUAGAAUUGGUUGGUGAUAAUCAGGAUGUGGAGGAACUUAUGAGUCUACCACCAGAGAAGAUUUUGCUUCGAUGGAUGAAUUUUCAUCUAAAGAAGACAGAAUACAAGAAAACAGUGACAAACUUCUCUUCCGAUGUAAAGGACGGAGAGGCUUAUGCCUACCUCUUAAAUGUUCUUGCUCCCGAGCAUAGUAAUGCAUCAACCUUGGUUGUUAGAGAUCCUUUAAAGAGAGCAACAUUAGUUCUUGAACAUGCUGAUAGGAUGGGUUGUAAGAGAUACUUGACGGCAAAAGACAUUGUAGAAGGUUCUCCCAACCUUAACCUUGCUUUCGUGGCUCAUAUUUUCCAGCACAGGAAUGGGCUAUCAACCCCAGAAAAACCAGUAUCCUUUCUUGAAAUUUCACCAGAUGAAGCCCAAAUUACCAGAGAAGAAAGUGCUUUUCGUUUCUGGAUAAAUAGUCUUGGAGUUGCAACAUACAUAAACAAUGUCUUUGAAGACGUCAGAAAUGGGUGGGUACUAUUGGAGGCACUUGACAAGGUAUCACCAGGAAUUGUUAAUUGGAAAACUGCAAACAAGCCUCCAAUUAAGAUGCCGUUCAGAAAAGUAGAAAACUGUAACCAGGUUGUUAAAAUUGGGAAACAGUUGAAGUUUUCGUUGGUCAAUAUUGCUGGAAAUGAUAUUGUUCAGGGGAAUAAAAAGUUAAUACUGGCUUAUUUAUGGCAGUUGAUGCGAUUCAACAUGCUACAGCUUCUAAAGUACUUAAGAUCACAUUCACUCGGGAAGGAAUUCACUGAUGCUGACAUUUUAGACUGGGCUAACACCAAAGUCAGGAGUACGGGAAGCCAGAGUUGUAUGAAGAGUUUCAAGGAUAAGAGUUUAUCAGAUGGCAUAUUUUUCCUUGAACUACUUAGUGCUGUGCAGCCUCGGGUUGUUAACUGGCGACUCGUUACCAAAGGCCAGUCUGAGGAGGAGAAACAAAUGAAUGCAACAUAUAUCAUCAGUAUAGCCAGGAAAAUCGGGUGUUCAAUCUUUUUGCUACCUGAAGACAUAAUUGAGGUAAACCAGAAGAUGAUCUUGACGUUAACAGCAAGCAUAAUGUACUGGUUCUUCAAACAGCCAAUGGAAGAUCAAAGACCCUGUGGAUCAUCAGACAGUGAUAGUGGAAAUCAACUCGAGACAAGCUCAAACUCCACAACAUAUGAUACCGAGUCUGAAUCAUCAACAGACUGAAUAAGUCUAGUGUACUUUAAAAAAUAUUCUUUUUCUGUAUUUUAUUCUUUUUACUGCACUAAUACUAAAUUUUUGUAUGAUGUUGGGGUUGGUUGAUGAUCAUCAGUCCAAGUGCAGAUUUCCUAAAACAAACUGUUGGUGUAUAUAGUUAUAGAAUUGUAUUUGUAUUGAUGGAAAUGGCAUCUUGUUUUCCUUUCCUUAAUUGCAUUGCA